ACGUGACGACGGUCGCUCUGUGUCAUAUGACUUUCUGACAGCAACAUGGCGUCGAUGAAUAACAAGAUGUUUGUCCCUAAAAUUCCGCCACAGAUUUUAAGCUUGUUUGGGAUUUUAUUCGGCUUGUGUUGUUCGUCCGUCGGAAGUGAAAUCCAAACGGCCAUUAUAGACAGGCAAAGCGGGCAGCUGUCUAUCGUCGAAGGUUUUCACAAAGAUUUUGUUGCCUGGGCAAACUUCACAGACAACAUCAAAACAUCAGGUUGGUCCUUUUUGGAGAUCACUACCAGCAGUCGGUACAAUGACAGCAUCCAAGCUUAUGCUGCUGGAGCAGUUGAGGCUGCAGUUACAUCUGGGCUCAUUUAUCAACACUGGAUGAAUACACUGAUUGGUUACUGUGGGCCCUUCUUGUCUGAACCUGUUUACUGUGAGCGCCUUAAGGCUUUUAUCUCAGCCAACUUACAGUGGGUUCAGGAGCAAGUGGAGAAGCAGCCGACUUCACCGUACUGGUACCAGGUGCGACUGGCACUGCUACAGCUUAAAGGUCUUGAAGAUGGCUACCAUGACCAGCUGGGCUUUCCUACAGAGCGCUUCUCAAUCAAUCCAUUAGGCUUCAUAUUUUUCCAAAUGGGUGGAGAUCUUGAAGACUUGGAGUCAGCACUGAACAAAUCCAGCCAAACCCGACCCCUUGGUUCUGGUUCCUGCUCUGCACUCAUUAAGCUGCUGCCGAACAAUAAAGAUCUGCUGGUAUCACAUGACACCUGGAACACUUACCAGGCCAUGCUGCGCAUUAUGAAGAAGUACAUCUUUGCCUUCAAAACCUCUCCUUUAGACAAUUAUGCUCUUCCUGGAGGAACUCAGGCCUUCUCAUCAUAUCCUGGAUCCAUCUUUUCUGGAGAUGACUUUUACAUCCUCAGCAGCGGCCUGGUUACACUGGAAACCACCAUUGGCAACAGCAACCCUGCUCUCUGGAAGUUUGUUCAUCCGAAGGGAACAGUAAUGGAAUGGCUGCGAAACAUUGUCGCUAAUCGGUUGGCGACUACAGGCAAGGACUGGGCAGAGAUUUUCAGCAAGUACAACAGUGGAACGUACAACAACCAGUGGAUGAUUGUGGAUUAUAACCACUUUACUCCAGGACAGGCUGACAUUAAAGAGGGCCUCUUUGUUGUGUUGGAGCAGAUUCCGGGACUUAUUGUUUACAGAGAUAAGUCCCAGGAGCUCCUGAAGAAUGGUUACUGGGCUAGUUACAACAUACCUUACUAUGUGGAGAUAUUUAAUGCCAGUGGCUGUAAUAAGCUGGUGGAGGAGUUCGGCCCGUGGUUCUCUCUGGAUCAGAAUCCUCGGGCUCAGAUAUUCAGGAGAAACCAGACUCGUGUUACAGAUUUGGACUCCAUGGUGCGCCUUAUGAGGUAUAAUAACUUUAAAGAAGACCCAUUGUCAAAGUGUGAUGGAUGUGAUCCACCUCAGAAUGGGGAAAACGCGAUCUCAGCCCGUUCGGACCUGAACCCAGCUAAUGGAACAUAUCCAUUUGGUGCCUUAAAGCAGAGAUCGCAUGGAGGAACAGACAUGAAGCUGACGUCCUAUGAAAUGUUCAAAGAGUAUGGCAUGUUAGCAGUCAGUGGGCCAACCUGGGACCAGUUACCACCUUUCCAGUGGAGCACUUCCCCUUAUGAAGACUUGGUCCACAUGGGCCACCCUGAUGUGUGGGAUUUCAACCCUAUAAAAGUCACCUGGGCACCUUGAUUGUUAAAUGUGAGAACUGAGUGCAUGCUCUAGUGUUAUAACAAAGGGAAAUAAUCUUUGUCUUCGUGUGACAUUAAUUUUUUUUCCUGUCUUUGUGUUUUGUUAGUUAACAGACCUCUAUGGCUAUUGAGAGAAUCGCUGAAUAUAAUUUAUGAUAUCACAAUAAUAUUUUGAUUAUGAUUACACUGUUUCAUUCUUGUAAUUUUUUUGAUAAAUGAUUUUUUUUUUUGUUUAAAUAUUUUUUCAAUAAACAAUACCUUGAUUUUA